GUGUCACCAAAUCCAUAGAUGGCGAACAGCAAUGCAGAUGCUGGGUAUGUAGGCGCUGCUGCAUGCGCUGGGGAAGCACUGUUGCACAUCAGACUACGUGCUCAGGCUCACAGGCGAGAACUCGAACCCUGGUGUGAAUGAAGACACUAGUACUGACAAAAGCGACUGGUUGGAUGCUGAGAUGCAUGCACUGGCUAGGUCUGUGAUUCAGCGGUAUCAUGGAAUGGGAGGGACACUUGAAACAGUCGGGAAGGUGGUACAGGCAGCUAGAUGGGUGCGAGAGGGGAGAUUGUUGGUGCCAAAUCACACCUAAAAUCUGCACUGUCUUUAUCGAGCUUAGCAGGCGAAAACCAUCUCCGCGCGUUGCUCCUCAUGCAAGUGGGCGCACAGUAUUUGCAUACAGCGCCUGUGCAUGCUAUGGAGAUGUUGGCAGUAUGCGAGAUGCUUGGCGCUGUGAUGGGCGUGAAGCAAAAGGAUGUGGAUGGUGUGAAAGGUGGAGGUAAAGGAAAGGAGAAAGAGACAAAGACAGAAGGUAGUGAUGGCUCAUUAGGCAACACCCCGCUUCGCCUCUGGGUCGGUGAAAGAUUUCUUGCACAGACCAGCACAGAGAUAUUUAAGCACACAAAUAAGCCACAUCAAGUGGCAAAGCAGGAGGUGUAUAAUGCCAUGUAUCGGGGUGCGGUAGAAGGGAUGAUGGGGAGUGCGAGGUGGCCUUCUGCAAUGGAAUCUGACCAUAGUGAAAUGGUGCCUACCAAUGGGGGAGACGUCAAAAUGCAGAGUCUGGAUCCAGAUCAGGAUGUUGAGAUGCAGGUGCCUGCACCUUUCGUUCGUUUGAGGGUGAUGGAGGGUGACUUAUCUUGGACGCUGCAGUUUCCAGCUGACUGA